GUAAUGAAAUAAAAAAUGGAGCGAUCCUUCGAUUAACAACAUCUCCGGCUCAAAAUGCACAGCAGCUGCACGAGAGGAUCCAGUCUUCUAGUAUGGAUGCAAAGUUAGAAGCACUGAAAGACUUAGCCAACUAUUCACGGGAUGUUACGUUUGCCCAAGAAUUUAUAAACCUAGAUGGCAUUUCCCUCCUAACACAAAUGGUUGAAAGUGGCACAGAACGAUAUCAGAAAUUGCAGAAGAUAAUGAAGCCCUGCUUUGGAGAUAUGUUGUCCUUUACACUGACUGCAUUUGUUGAGCUGAUGGAUCAUGGGAUUGUAUCGUGGGAUACAUUCUCUGUGGCGUUCAUUAAAAAGAUAGCAAGCUAUGUGAACAAAUUUGCCUCGGACAUCUCUAUCUUGCAACGGUCACUUGCAAUCCUGGAAUCGAUGGUGCUCAAUAGCCAUGACCUGUACCAGAAGGUGGCACAGGAAAUCACAAUUGGGCAGCUAAUCCCACAUCUGCAGGGGACAGACCAAGAAAUCCAGACAUACACCAUUGCAGUAAUAAAUGCGCUUUUCCUGAAAGCACCGGAUGACAAGAGGCAGGAAAUGGCAAACAUUUUGGCACAAAAGCAGCUUCGCUCCAUCAUCUUAACUCAUGUGAUCAGGGCACAGAGGGCCAUCAAUAAUGAAAUGGCACACCAGCUUUAUGUUCUGCAAGUACUUACCUUUAACCUUCUGGAAGACAGAAUGAUGACAAAAAUGGAUCCACAGGAUCAGGCUCAACGGGAUAUCAUAUUUGAACUCCGAAGAAUUGCAUUUGAUGCAGAAUCUGAACCUAACAACAGCAGUGGAAGUAUUGAGAAGCGGAAAUCUAUGUAUACUCGAGACUAUAAAAAACUUGGAUUUAUU